AUGCUCAAAAGGCGGAAAGUUAGUUGGAAGCACAUUGAAGGAGUUUAUAAUUAUACAAGUAAUCAUGCAACAGCUAAGGCAACAAAACUCACUAAACGACAUGUCUGGUUAACACCAUGGAUCAAGAUGCGUGUUGACUUAUCUGAACAAACUCUUUCGAAAGAAGUUGAAAGUGUUGCUACGCAUAAACUUUAUAAACAAGAAAAAGAAAUUAUUACUAAUAAAGAUGAAGAAUACAAAAAUGUCAAAAUGAUAUAUUUAAGACCUCUAUUUCAACCAAGUACCGUGAAAGUUGCCAAUGAAUUAUUAUCUACUAUAUGUAAAAAACCAGUUUUUCAUAUAUCUCCUUAUAUAUUUGAUUAA